CCGCACUACAACUAGCAUUUAGCCGUUCCGAGCUUUCUCUUUUCGGGUUUUUUUUAAGUGCAGUCACUCUGCACAAUGGUACAACCGUUCUCUGUUAUAUUAUAGUAUAUGAUGUAACGUGACUUUAAUGAUACGCGCCAAUGCAUCAUUAAGUUUUAAUCUUCAAGUGUGUCCGAUGUUAACACGUUUUAUGCCUUUCUUAGGUUCUAAAGCUGGGGUUUAAGCUCAGCUGUUAGUAAACUGUCCAUCCCCUUACAGACAUGUCUGACAAACACCAUUGUUCAUGUUGCUCCCAUCCCGCCUCCUCCCCGAGUGUCCAUCAAACUCUGGAUGAAAUGGAUUUUGAAAGAGGUAUCUGGGCAGCUGCCAUGGACGGAGACCUGCAGAGAGUAAAGCUCCUUGUCCAGAAGGGGGUUGACCCCAACCUGAGAGACUCAGCUGGUUACACCGCUCUGCACUAUGGAAGCCGUAGUGGUCAUCUUGCCGUGUGCACGUUUCUUCUCGAGAGCGGUGCGUGCCCGUCCCCUCAGACGCCAGGCGGGGCCACCCCUCUCCAUCGAGCAGCUUACUGUGGUCAUCUGGACGUGGUUGGUCUCCUUCUCCAGCACGGCGCAGAUCUCACGCUCUGUGACGACGACGGCGCUAAUCCUUUGCAUAAGGCUGCAGAACGGGGACAUGCAGACGUGUGUCAGCUGCUUCUCCACCGCCGCCCAGCUCUCUGCGGCCAGGCGAACAAGAGGCUCCAGCUACCCUAUCAGCUGACGCAGCAGGGAGAUCUGCAGGAGCUCAUCAAACCGCCCCCCGUCAUGAUGGAUGGAGAGGCUGCGAUCGUAGAGAUGUCACAAGACGAAGGCCAUACAUGAUGACGACUGAUAGAGUGUUGACUCACAGCGAACAAAGCACACCCUGUUAACUUCAUACUACAAUGCACUGUCCUGCUUUUUUGAUAUUUAUUUAUUAGUUAUUAUCAUGAAAAUAGUUCACAACCAGUACAUUGUCUGUAUGGGUUUGGGUUUGCUACUGCAGCAGGUGCACGGAGGCAGAACAAAGUUUCCUGGAAUUUUAAAGAUUAGUGUCAAAAACACCGAUAAACAGUUAUGUCCUCCAGCAGAUCCAACGCUGCCACCGUUCCACAUCGUUCUCCAUCUUCAGGGAUCAUCACACCUCACUUGUUGGUAUUUAACCCGCUGAUCUGACAACGUUUUAUUCUCAAUGAGGAUGAAAGUGUCACUUGGGUAGUUUGCACGCAUUUCAUGUGCAUCUACAGUUACGUGUGACACAAACAGGAACAUUUUACGGUUUACAGGCUGAGGUCGUUUCCAUCAUUUUUUACGUUAUUAUAACAGGCCAAAUGUGAUCUUUGCAUGGGUAAAAACCAUAAAAAUUCAAACUCAUGAAGAAAACAUUGUGCUUCAAGCUUCUUGAGUUAAAGUUAAAGAGUUAAAGACUGAGUUGAGUUCAAUCUCAGUGGAUUCGGAUGAGUUUCAGUACUUUGUGGUCUGGGAUUGGCGAGAGAAGUUUGCGUUGCUGCCGUUCAUCGUUAACCUGACUCGCCAGAUACGGAACAAAGAGUCCGGUUAGUUCAUUGUCACUGCAGGUCAGAAAUGUCCAUGGAUUGCCGCACACUUCCACAUAAUGUUAAUUAUCUCUGCAGGCUGAGUUGUGUACAUUGCGCUGCAAGUUUUUUGUGCACUCUUCCUACAUGAGGCCCCUGGAUUCCAGUUUUUAAUCAUGCCUAUUUGGCUUUUUGAUAUUCUCUUCUUUUCUUUUUUUUUUUUUUAACUUCUUACCAGCGAGGCAUUUCCCCACGGAGAUUUUCUCUCACCAGAGACAACCUUGACCUCCAUGGGAGCAAUGGAAUCAAUGAUGUCUGAAAUUUUGGAAUGGAUGGUAUCCACCAGCUCAUUUGCUGAGUGACAGGACAACGUCACUCAGCAACGUGGCCUUGUAAAUAUAAAGAUCCUUACAGAUGAUCAAGAUGAUCCUUACAGAUGAUCAAGACCAAAAUGUGUCCCCAUUUAUCUGUUGGCUGUCUAACAUGCCGAGUGAAGCCAACAUUUUUAAGUAUCACACAGUCCUUUUGCCCCUUUGUCUUGCUUUACUUCUGUCAUGUUGCAUUCAUUAAAUUACAUAAUGAGUUUUCUUGCAGUUCAAUCCACAAAAAUUACAACUUGGGUGAAUCUCAACCAUCUGGACAAGAAUGUAGCUUAAGUGACGUUAAGGUCCAAAUCUUUCUUGUAGCUCAGCUGCUGUGGGAUGUGACCACACCCUUCUGUGUUUGGAACUGGACUCAGGUGAGCACAGUCCGCUCAUCAGAAUGGAUUUUAAUAGCAGGUAUAAAAAGAGCAAUCUAAUGUGCUGUCUUUUUUUUUUUUUUUUGACAAUCACCCUAAUUUCAUAACUUUAUUUUUUUUACAACUCUUUCAGAAUCUAUUUAAUCAGCAUUUUCUAAAACCUUUUUAUUGACCUUGAGAGUAUUUAUCAUCAGAUUAAAUGUAUUAUUUUCUGUUUUUAUCUUUCAUCCUUCAGUAUCUAAUAAAGUGUAUUGAAAUUAUGAUUUCUUCCACAUCCACAUCAGUAUGUUUUUUUUUACCGUGUUAUUUUUAUUUAUUUAUUUAUUUAUUAGGCCAACUGGUUGUUUUCAAUUGUUUUUUAAUCACACUCUUUUGCAGUGUUUAUGUGGUAUACAAAUAAUAUUUAUUGGCUGACUGAAUGAGACAGGAUGGAUGUCGAUGCCACAUCUGAACAGUGUUCUCAGCAAACUCAUUGCAGCAUUAAUGGUUGAGUACAUUAACAAGUGGUAUCAUUUCUCAUAUAACAGUAAAAUGUUACUUGUCCUGGUAGACUACUGUAUAUUGGUUUGGCUGUGCAGGAAGUGGAUGAUUGGUUUUAGUAGUUUUAAUGUCAGACAGUAAGGGGAGCUAUUGUCUAAUAGAAGACAGUUAUUCAGUCUUUUCUUCACACCACUGGAAAUGUAAUAGGAAGAAAUACCAUGAGUGCAACAGCUACAGCUCUAACAGUAAGAUAGAGACACCAGUGUUCAGACAAAAUGUAGCUACAUGAUUUGGUCCUGCAAUAUCACUCAAAGUAUUUAUUUAUUCUUAAGUCAUCAGACCAUUUCAUUUCUGAAGAAUGUUUUGAUUUUAUACACAAAUAGAGUAUUGUUGUGCAGUGAAUGCAUGUAAUUAUUUCAUAUUUAAUCCAGUAACCCUCUGUCUGUUACGUAUUGUCCUGUGGAUCCCAGCCCAGUUUGGUGAUGGCACCAUAGAUAAAAGUGGGAUUUGAGCUGUGGUAUUUUCAAACAACAAAAUAAAAUAGUGACAACUUCUCUUCAAAUAUAAAAAUUUACUAACAAAAAUAAUUAACAUUAAUAGAAAUACUUCAACGUUGAGUUUAACACAUCAAUCAAUCAAUCAAAAACUUUGAAUCGGCUGGUGAAAUUUGGCUAAAACUACUAAGAAAAAUUAAGAUUAAAGAAAACUAAUUUGCUAUGUAAAAGGGCAUCAAUUAGGAUUCUUUUCCCUUCCACUCCGAUCUCAAUACCUGCAUUUUGGAUAUCUGCUAACACUGAUAUCUGCUAAAUCAGAGCUGUUUGCUUUCAUUUUAUCGUAGUUGUUGAUUUUUUUUAAGAGGCUGUAAUAAACUCUUCUCUACAGGCAAUGAAUUAUGAUAUAUACGAGUGGCAGCAUUUCUAAUAAUGUUACAACUGUGGCAGAGUGAGUUUCUCAGCGAAGUGAUCUGAAGGUCCUGAGCAAAGAGAUGUUCAUCAUCCUUGACAUGUGGACAAUAUAGUUCAGGAAUUCUGGGGGCUCUGUGGAUUUUGGAUACACUUUGACAUCAAAACCUUCAACUUUACUUAACAGAUAAAUGAAAUUCUCCCUCAA